CCUUAAAACUGUCGUUUUUUUAAUAUUUGUUUUUGUUUUUAAAAAAUGUCUUGUCUGCAUAUGAGUGCGCCUUCGAACAUCAACAUAUUCCUAGUUAGGAAUGUUUCAAGAAUAUCUCCGAUCCUAGGGUUCUUCCCUUUCACUCAAGAUGGACGUUGAAUUUGACCUAGAAAGUGGUGGGAAUUCCAGCGAAGAGGAUGUAACCAAUGCUCUUUAUCUCAGUGAUAGAGAAUCCAAGAGUGCUUUUCAUGGGGUUCUGAAUUUUGAUGGUUCAGACAAGGGUGAAAUUGGGGUAGAGUCAUGUAGCAAUUCAACAAAUUCAGGUGAUGUUGUGGUUGUGGAUGAAGAUAAUUUAGAAUUGUUGGUGGGCAAAGGGCAAUUGCCUUAUGUAAAUGGUAAUCCUGCAAGACAGAAGGUUAAGCUCGUGAACCCGAGAAAGCCUUCGAAACCUCCUCUGCCUCCUAGAGGGCCAUCACUGGAUGCUGGUGAUCAGAAGUUUGUCAAGGAGCUCGCUGAGCUUGCGUUGAGGAAGCGCGCGAGGAUUAAGAAAAUGAAAGCAGUGAGAAAGAUGAAAGCAAGCAAGUCGUCGUCAUCGUCCUCAUAUACCAAUCUUUCUGCCAUGGUCAUCACAGUUUUCUUCUUUCUUGUUAUAAUACUCCACGGAAUCAGAUCUGCAAGUAGUGCUGCGGUUGGGUUAAUUGCUUCCCCUGAGACAGCAGUUGCAGCACAUGAAGGGUUGAUUUCAGUGCAGUAUCCCAUGAACUUUGAUACCAAUGUAGGAGUUUCACCUGGCUCUGAAUAUCCAGUUCUGCAGGAAAGAUGAUGCGGAAUUUUUUUGGAUAUUCUUUCCCUCCAGUCUGAGUUUAGACUAUUUUUUACUAGUUUGGAUUGUGUAUGUGUUCUUGUACAGCCAUUAGGAACCAGAGCUAUUUGUGAUGUUAAUCCAUGUUCCUUGUAACAGUGAUCUCGAUUGGUAAUGUUAAUAAAAUCAGAAGUUCUAGAAA